AUGGCCUUCCCAGAGACCUGGAAGGUGGACCCCACGGCUGUUCACAACGUCGGUCAUAAAACUGAAGGUAGAACCAUUGCGCUGCAUUCGCUUGCUGUUUUGCCACCUUGUCAAAAGCUGGGCUACGGCAAGAAGCUCAUGGCGACCUACAUCAAGGAAAUGGGACAGACUGGACAAGCCGACAGAAUUUCGAUUCUUACUUAUGAUAGGCUGGUCCCCUACUAUCAGAAGCUAGGGUUCACACACUUUGGCAAAAGUCAAUCUGAGUACGCCGGCGUUGCGUGGCAUGACUUGGCAUUCGAGUUCGGUACGGAUCAGACACUUGCGUGA